AUGACGGAUACAAACCCAUCGAUGGGCGCUAUUGUCCACUGCGAUGUCCUUGUCGUCGGAGCCGGCUUCAGUGGCAUAUCUAUGCUAUAUCGUCUCCGCAAGGCAGGAUUGAACGCAAAGGUCUUUGAGUCUGGGGGCGAUUUUGGCGGCGUCUGGUACUGGAACCGCUACCCUGGAGCCCGGGUGGACUCCGAGUGGCCCUACUAUCAAUUGAACAUCCCUGAGGUAUACCGCGACUGGGAGUUCAGCGAAAAGUUCCCCGGUCACAAGGAGAUACGUGCAUAUUGUGCACAUGUCGACAAGGUCCUCAACUUACGUAAGGACGUGCAGUUCAAUGCCCACGUAGUCGAUGCUCGAUGGAGCAAGAGCGACGAGACGUGGACGGUCAAGACCGAACAGGGCCAUAUCGCACAGAGCAAGUACUUGAUUCUAUGCACUGGCUUGCUGCACCGUCGACACAUCCCGGAUUUCCCAGGCCUGACGACCUACAAGGGCACCCUACACCACACCGGCUUCUGGCCAGAGGACAUGAGCGUGAAGGGAAAGAAAGUGGGAAUUAUCGGAGCCGGCGCCACCGCCGUGCAAGUCGUGCAGGAAUUGGCCAAGGAAGCAGACCAGCUGACCGUCUUCAUGCGACGGCCGAGUCUGUGCUUGCCCAUGGGUCAACGGCCCAUCAGCCCGGAAGAACAAAGAGGGUGGAAGUCAUAUUUCCAGGCCUUGUUCCGCGAAGGCCGCCAGUCGAGAGCCGGGUUCCCAGGCACGACCGAGCCGUGCGGCGUGUUUGACGUGUCUGACGAAGAGCGCGAACGGCACUUUGAAGACAUCUGGCAGCGAGGAGGCUUCAACUACCUGAUGGUGAAUUACAACGACGUCGUCCUGAGCAAGGAAUCCAACCAGAAGGUGUACAAUUUCUGGGCGAAGAAGAUCAGGCAGAGGAUCAAGGACCCGAGGAAGCAGGAGUUGAUGGUCCCCGUCGAGGCGCCUUAUUAUUUCGGCACCAAGAGAUGCCCCCUAGAGCAGGACUACUACGAGAUGCUCGACCGGCCGAAUGUCGACAUCGUCAAUAUGAAUCAGAACCCGCUCAAAACUUUCAAUGCCACGGGCAUGUUGAUGGAGGACGGCACGCAGCUGGAUUUCGACGUGGUGGUCCUUGCCACGGGGUUCGAUUCAUUUUCUGGAUCGUUGACGCAGAUGGGAUUAAAAAACAAGGACGGCGUCGACAUCAAGGAUGUCUGGAAAGACGGUAUCCGGACCUAUUUGGGGAUGACAUUCAACGGCUUCCCCAAUGUCUUCAUGGUCUACACUCCUCACGCACCGACGGCGCUCUCCAACGGCCCCACCAUCAUCGAAGCCCAAAGCGACUUCAUCGUGUCGGCGAUCCAGAAGCUGGAGAAGGAAGGCGCGUCGACGAUCGAGCCCAACCCCGACGCCGAGGACGAGUGGGACGCCAUGAUCGACGCCAUGAACAAGCACACCCUGUUCCCGCUCACAAACAGCUGGUGGAACGGCGCCAACAUCCCCGGCAAAAAGGUCCAGAUCUUGACCCACCCGGGCGGCAUUCAGAUGUAUGAGGGCCAGUGUCGCGCCACCUUGGGCGACUGGAAGGGGUUCACGGUCGUGCAUAAGGAGGGGGGGAGUAACGGUGUCGUGACGGCGGAGAAGGGCGCGGCGACUGAGAAGAGCGUCGAGAUUGUGGCUCCGGUGUAG